CACAACGAGCACUUACCUUCGCAAGGUGCUUUCUCAGUAAUGAGAGGAGCAGGACGAAGUUGCCACUCGAAGUGAGAGGCGAUUUGCAAAUGCGCAUGCCCCGUCGGUGGGAUGCUGUGGGAGGACCCCGGUUAUCCUGUGGCCGCUCGGCAAUGUUUUUGUAGAGAAAUGCGAAACGAUUGAGACUUCGGGCAGCAACAGGACUGCAAACAUGGCCAACAAACUGAAGUGUUGUCAUUUCCAAAGCGUCAGAACAUAAACAUUGCCUGCGAAACAGUUCGAGCGAUACAAACAACAAAUAUUACGAACGCAACAUAAAGUGCAGUCUAGAUUUUUGAUCAAAGUGAAAAGUAUUAUAGGUGGAGCAUAGAAGUCACAAGAAAACGCAACAGAGAAAAGAGUUGUGCGAUAAUCAAAGUGCAAAUCAAAUGUGUCUGUAUUUGGGUGUCGUGGAGCAUUUGGUGGAUGUGGUCGCCUAUUGUGUGUGCCGCGUGCUGGAGCUGUCGCUGGUCACCUUUAUGAUGAUGUGCAGCACCGCCAAAGCCAAGUUGGCCAAUGUGCAACUCACCUUUGCCAGCAGCAAUAACAGAAACAAUGAGCUAACACUGGCCGAGCAAUGACCCAUCAGAGCAAGUGACAGGAAUGAAGCUGGUGAAAAUUUGGAUGUCUUCAGUGGCGGCGGCUACAGCACUUGAGGCAAGCAUCAGUCUGAUGCUGUGACAGGAGACAAGGGAGAAGGGGGUCUGCAAUGUGUGACAUUUUAAUUUAAGAGACUUUUCUACGAAAUAAUAUAUGUGUUAUAUAUGUGGAAUACACUUGUAUGUAUGUAUGUAUAUGUAAUUGUGUGUCUAUGUUUUCGAUUGUCAUAGUAUUAAUAAAUUACUGAAUGUAUACACAUAGCUCUCACUCUUUGUGUGUGUGUGUGAGGAUGCUCUCUGCAAUGGGAUUAUGUGGUCAACAGCAUCAGGACUGGAGAAGCAUUGCUUUUUAACCAAUGGAGCCAUAAUUUAGCAUGCCCCACGGCGAAGCUUUACUUGUUUACAAAGUUGUUGCUAUUGUGGUUGUUGUUGCUGUUGCUGUUAUUGUUGCUGCUGCUGUUUGCUUAGCCGUUUAUUGUACUUAUUAACAUUGCCCGCCAGCAGAGCCAUUUGCAUGAUGAUAAAGUAUCGACUGGGGCUUACACAUGUAACAAUUUAUUUAUUUUUUCCCCUUCCUCUCCCCCUCAAUUUAUCUCUCUGUUCUCUAUCUUUGUUUUGGCGCCUGCAAAUAUGCCACACUUCUGGUAAACAUUUUAUUGCUGCCCAUGCUGAAGUACUUGAAUGCUCAGCUCUAGAGCAUAGACUCAGCCUCAGUCCCGAUUGCCAUUUCCCACUUGCCGCUUUCCACUUUUCCCAUUUGCCAUCAGCAGCAGCCUUUGCCAGCCUUUGUUUCUGGUUUUUCGCAUAUUUAUGUAGUUGUUUACAACCAUUGCUGUUGCUCCUUGCCUGCGGCAGUGGCAUCGCAUAAAUUUAUUCAAAUUGUACGUGCAAAUUAAAGAAAAGUUUAUUGCACUGCCAAAACACAUAAUUGCCUAUUAUUGUUAUUAUUAUAAAGCUCGAGCAGAUAUGAUAAGCAGCAAUUGCUAAG